AUGGGCCUCAACUACAUGAGCUUGCUCCCACCAAGCAAAGCUACCUUCUACAGCAUCGUCCCAGGAAACUCCUCUACACCAAUUGGCUCGGUUACUCUCCCGAUCACAUUUGGUACGAAGCAAAACAUCCGAACAGAACACAUCAAGUUCGAAGUAGCCGACUUCGAAUCCUCAUACCACGCCAACUUGGGAAGACCAACAUUGGCCAAGUUUAUGGCCAUACCUCACUACGUAUACUUACUCCUCAAGAUGCCAGGAAAUAUAGGAGUCCUCUCUCUACGCGGGGACCUCCUCAACUCCUUCGAGUGCGACAAGGAAGUAAUUGUCCAUGCCUCCAGCAUUCGAGUACCUAGAUCCAUGAGCGAGAUACUCGCUGCCGCCAAGGAGCUAUCCCUCAACAAGGACUCGAUGCUUUCUAAGAAGCCAAGCCAGUCAUCGGUAAAACCAGCCGGGGACGUCGGCACCAAGACCAUACAACUACAAGGAGAUGACUCUAAAACUGCCAUCAUUGGAGUAGGCUUGAGCGACAAAUAG